AUGAUUUAAGAUAAAUUCGAUUUUGAAAAUUUAUGCAUCGAUUCUAUAUUUUGCUCAAAAGAGUUGUGUUAGUUAAACCAUUUCAGGGUUUUUGUUGGAGUUUGUAUAGAUUAUUUAAGGAUAGAAUAAAAAUUUAUUAAUGAUGGGGGAGAUCCAGAUGAUUUAUUAGAAAAGAAAUGCCAUAACAUAGAUUGCAAAUUAUGGCACUUUAAUAAUGAAAAAUUAUAAGAUUAAUUAUAAAAAUAACCCGUUAAUGGUGUGUUUCCAUUUAAUUUAUGUCCUAAAGGUUGUAAUUAAUAAGAUUGUAAACUUUUGCAUAGAGAAUGGGCAUAAAAUAUAUGUGUUAAUUUUAUUUUUAACAAAUGUAGAAAUUAAGAAAAAUGUGAAUUUUAACAUAAAAAUUGGGCAUCUUUGAAAGAAGAAGCUUAUGGUUGUUGUUAAAUAAAAGCAACUACUCCUGAAUUAUUAUGUGAAAAAGAGAUGUGCAAUUGCAAUUAACAUCCUGCAUUUUUAUGAGAUUAUUGCAUUUUAUAUAUAAAGGGAUGGUGUCCAAGAAAGUAAUGUUUGAAAAAUCACAUUGAAUGGGAAAAGAUUAAUCGUAAAAAAGGAUAAUAAAAUGCUUUAAAAUCUUGUAUUAUUCUAAAAUAAGAAUAAAGAAAAAAUAUUAAAUAAAUUCCCGAUUUUGAAGAUUUAGAAUUAUAAUGUUUAUGUUAAAGUUCAGAGUUUAGUAAUUAUAAAAAAUGGUUUUCACAAUAAAAUAUUAUUGAUGUAGUUUUUAUUAUGGAUUUAACAGGUUCUAUGAAACCUUGGAAAGAUAUUAUGGAAAAAACAAUUGCUAAAAUAAUUGAUAAGUUUUUAAAAUCUAUAAAUGGUUAUUAAAUUAGAGUGGCUUUUGUAGGAUAUAGAGAUUUUUGUGAUAAGGAGAAAUUCUAUUUGUAUAAUUUUACAAAAAAAGUUCAAUAAAUUUAAGAUUUCAUAUUUCAAUUAGAAACUAAAGGAGGAGGAGAUGAAGCUGAGGAUGUAGUAACUGGAUUUGAAUAAGCAUUAAAACUCAACUUUUCUCAUCAUCCAGAAAGUUUAUUAUGUACUUUUUUACUUGCUGAUGCUCCUUGUCAUGGAAGAGAUUAUCAUAAUAUAAAAUCAGAUGAUUUAAUAAAUAAAAUGCCAAAAAAUUAUUUUGAAAAAGUAUUAGAGAAAUAUAAAUAAAUAAAAUAGAAUAAUUUCUUAUGUUGUAUUAAAAUUAACAAUAAAACAGAUAUUAUGUUUCAAAAAAUGAAAACUGUCUUUCCUCUUAUAAUUAUAACAACAGAAAAAAAACCAGAAGAUUUAAGUGAUUUAGUUAGCUUUACAUUAAGUCAUUCUGUAACUGAAUCAAGAAGAUUAAAAGACCUAACCAAUAAACAAUUCUUAUAUUUUAAAGCCAAAUAUGAGAAAUUUAAAUUAGACACAAUUACAGAUAUUAUAGAACCAAAUAAGGAGUAUUGGGAACUUUAUAAUUAGUUUGUUGAAACUUGUGUAAUAAUUGGUGAGACUGGUCUAAAAGUGACAUAAGAUAAAAAUGAAUUAAAUAAAGAUAAUAAUAAUUCAUCAAUUUAUAUUUUUAAGGCUUUUGAUGCUAUUAAUAAUAUAGAAAUAAUUUUAAAACUUCCAAAAGUAUUAGUUGAUAAUGACGGAAAUAAUAAUUAAUAAUAGAUUUAAAAUGCUGAAGAAUAAGCAAAAGUAUGGUUUUAUACUUCUGCAUAUGCUUGCUAAAUGGCCUACUAAUUUAAUUGCUAAUUAAAAUAGGAAAAUAUAUUAGAUGAAAUGUUACCUAUUUUUUACCCUCAUCCAAUUUUAUAUCAAUUAAAUAGUCCAUUUUAUGGAGUCUUUUAAAUAUAUGGUGAAACCUUUAUUAAUUUCUAAUACAAUUUUGAAUAAUACACCUCAAAUAUUAAUUAAUGUAAACCAGAUAAUUAUUUUUUUUCAGCAUUUAGUCACUUUUCAUUUGAAUAGAGUGAAAAACUUUUUGUAAUUACAGAUUUACAAGGAUGCAAUAAUCUUCUAUCCAAUCCUUCUAUCUAAACCAGUUAAUAAUGGUCAUCUAUUUUAGAUUAAAAUUCAAAUAAUUAAAAAGAAUUAGGAAUUCUUAAUUUUAUACAACAUCAACACAAAAAUUGUAGUUACUUAUGUUAAAAACUAAAUCUAAAUAAACUAUAACUAAAUAAUAAUCUAGAUCUAAAUAAAUGCUCAAAUGUGCAACUUUAACAUAAAUGUGGAAUUUGUAAUCUUUGUGGCGAAUUUGUUUACGAAAACUUCGAUAAGACUUUGUUAGAAUAGGAAGAUCAAAUUUAUGAAAAAAAAAAAUUUAUAUUUUAAUGUGAUUAUUGUUUAACUAAUAGAGCUGCUCCAAUCUAAUUAGCAUGCAUGUGUUGUAAGAAGAUUCACAUUAUUGAUUAUCCUUCGAAGCGUUUUAAAUAGAUGUAAUUCUUAAAUUUGUGUCUUGAAUGUAAAUAAGAAUGUUAUGGAUCCAGAAAACCAGAGUGUCAUUAUUGUAAGGAAAAAUGUCAGAAGUUAAUAAAAACACUUCAAAUCAAUGAUUAAACUAUUUAUGUUUGCGAAAAUGCUUAUCGGUAUCUUUAAGCUUUUUCGUGCAAAAAAUGCAAUAAACCAUAUAAUAUGGAAAGUAUUAUUUCAGUUGAUGAUUAUACUCAAAAAAUGUUUAUCUGUUGUUGA